AUGGCGGGUGCAGCUGUAUGGCAAAGGCACGGUGAGUUUUCUGCAGGUCAAGUGGAGUACCGCUUACAGCCCUAUGGGCACGUUGACCCAUUCCUGGCAUGCAGUCUGCAGCUUGAGUGCCAGAACGACUCUGGAGAAUCUCCGGAAAGUGUUGAGCACCGACAUCUGACAGAUGGAGUCUUAAAUGCUGUCGAAGGUGAACUGCUGAAAGGUCUAGAGCAACGCAGUUUUGUAAAUGAACAAGAAAUAAUGAGUGUUUACAUGCUUCAGGACAAACUAAUCAAAGGAAGGCCAAAAUAUAUGAAACAGCUCAGCUUGGUUAAUGAAAGUGUGAAGUCAGACGACUUGAAAGAUCUACUUGAUGAGUUUGAAACUCCCCCUCAGCCACUAGACAUAAAUAACAUUUCAAGAACUGUUAAAUCAGAAUCAGGAGAGAGCAAGAAGUGUAGUAUGCCCAUCCUCAGUGGGACUUCUUGCCCCAAAGGAAUGUCGACAGGUGCCACUAUCAGAGCAUGUGAUAAGCUGCGAUGUGUUGCAUGUGACUCCUCGGUUAUAAUGAUUGAUGGAUUCUCCUGGGGCAAUAUGACUGAUUAUCUAUUCCUGCGUAAUAAUUACCCUGAAGUCAGUCGUUUACGAGCCCGUCUGGAUUCUCAGCGUGGAAGUCGAGCUUAUGCUUGUCAGUGCCAGCAUAACUCUGUGAGAGAAACUAAGAACAUCAAGAGUGAAUAUCAUUUAAAAUGGGUCUGUGGAGGACAUUAAACAUAAUAAG